AUGCGGUUCAUACAUACUUGGAGAACACUUUCAAAAGAAUUGCCCUCAGCAACUUCGACUAUAGUCAAGUUUAAGCUGCAGAAGGAUGCUGUAAGUAUUGAUAAUUUAGCUAACCUGGAGAAAGGUGCAGCUGUGACAGUCAAUGGCUGGAUCGACAAGAAACCCAACAACGUUGGUAAGAAGUUGGCUUUCUGUACUUUAAGAGAUGCCAGUGGUAAGAAAAUACAGCUAGUUGACUCUAAAUCGCUGUUGAAGGGUGCCAAUGUUGAAGAUGUAGUUCAAAUUCAGGGAUCAGUUGCACCCAAAAGAUCGAAAGAUGCCACUGCUGAAGAAUCCUUUGAAAUCAAACUAGAAUCUAUCGUCACACUUAAUCCAGCCAACAAGAAACCUUCAGAGUUACAGCAUUUUAAGACAGAGGGGACGUAUCCCCCGGAAUACAGGUUCCUGCAGCUCAGAUUACCAGAAUAUCAGGAUAAGUUGAAGAAAAGAUUCGAGAUUACGAAGACUGUUAGGCAAUUGUUGGAUAAACAGGCAUUUACCGAAAUAGAGACUCCAAUUCUUUUCAAAUCGACCCCAGAGGGUGCUAGAGAGUUUCUAGUGCCAACGAGGAAGGCCGCUGAUGAUUCAAAAAAACCAACAUUUUACGCUUUGCCUCAAAGUCCGCAGCAGUACAAGCAGCUGUUGAUGGCUAGUGGAGUCAGUCGCUAUUUCCAAGUGGCUCGCUGCUUCAGAGAUGAGGACUUGAGAGCAGAUAGACAACCAGAAUUCACGCAGAUUGAUAUCGAGAUGGCUUUUGCUGACGGAUCUGACGUCAUGAAAGUGGUAGAGGAUACUGUCAUUUCGACCUGGAACGAGCACGCUCCAAGCUGUGAACUGCUAACGUUAGAUAGAAGUGGAAAAUUAGUACCGGUACAAGGACAGCCAGUGUACCAGAUGUCUUAUCAGCAAGCAAUGACCCAAUACGGUAUUGAUAAGCCUGACCUUAGAGCACCAGAUCUAAAGAUCAUGGAUUUAUCCGAGUUCAAAGCUUUUGGCCAUACAAACAAAGAUUUUCCUGUUUUCGAGGUUAUGGUCCUCCGAAAUGCGUUUAAUCCUGAAGAAGGGUCCAACAAUUGGUCGUUCUUAACAAACAUUGACGAUUAUAACUCCAGGGUACCUAUUGUGGUGCCAAUAGAAACUGAACAAGAUGAAUCUUCUUGGUUCGAAAAGUUUUUGUCUAUUGCUACAUUUGAGAAUCCAAAGCUGGUAACAAGGUUCUUGAAUUUGAAGAAAGGCGACAUUAUUUGUGGCUCCACAAGACAGCAUGCUCGUCACUUAUUUGAAAAUCCCACUCCCAUGGGAAGGCUACGCCAACUUGUACUGCAAAACACCAAAGGUAAAGAUCUAUAUCAGCAGACGACAAAAAAUGUUGUCUCAUGGGUCAUCGAUUUUCCAUUGUUCUCACCUGUUGAGACUAUGGCUGAAAAGAAUGCUCACUAUCCAAUUUAUGAGCCAGGGGCGGUCACAGCGACUCAUCAUCCCUUCACAAUGGUACGCCUUGCAGAUUAUGAAAAGUUAAAAACUAAUCCUUUACAAUGUCUAGGGCAACAUUAUGAUUUAGUCAUUGAUGGUGUUGAAUUGGGAGGCGGUUCGACGAGAAUACAUGACCCAGAAUUACAAGAAUACAUCUUUGAACAAGUACUCAAUAUCACUAACGCAGAAGUUUUGUUUGGACAUUUACUUAAAGCUUUCCAAAUGGGCACACCUCCACAUGCAGGUUUUGCCAUUGGAUUCGACAGAAUGUGUGCCAUGCUAUGUGGUACCCAAAGUAUCCGUGAUGUUAUUGCAUUCCCAAAGAGCAUAACGGGUUCAGAUCUUGUGGUCGGGAGCCCCACUACUGUUCCAGAGAAGACAUUGAACAAUUACAACGUUGCUUACGCUAAGACAAAAUAG